AUCGUCUGACUGCAUUCACACGCAGCAGUAGAUACCUUAAUAAAGUAUACGGCUGCGAGAUUGUUUGAAAAAAGGUUGUUUUAGGAAAGCGCCGAGGAGUCCGUCGCAAGGUGCAUUUUACUCGUCUCGCUCCUCGAGCCGCGGGGGUCCUUACUGGCCACCAAACGAGAAUGACGCAAACGCGUCUUCAAAGCUCCAUGAAGGCAGCCGCUUUAACUGUUCUCAUCAUAGCUUCGUUGGCAUGCGCCAUGCCUUCCCGCAAUCCCGGCGUGGCCCAGAAGCAGCACCCGACGGGCGGUGCCGAUGGAAUCCUUGGAUUAGGCCGCCAACGAAGGCUGCUUGCCACUUCUAAGGCACCAGCCGUCUCCGACGUCUACGACCUUAUCAUCAUUGGUUCCGGAAUCUCAGGUCUCGCGGCUGCAAGCCGCGCUAAAGCCAGGAACGUCAGCCGCAUUCUCAUCCUGGAGGCUCGCAAUCGCACGGGUGGCCGCACCUAUACGGUGCCCCUCAAGAUUUCCCUGCCCGCGAACGCUCCCGUUCCCGCUGCCAUUGACCUUGGUGCGGCCUGGAUUCACGGAUACGGCACCAAGGCCAACGGAUUAAACCCCAUGGUCGCCCUGGCUGCGAAGGCCAACAUGCCUGUGUACAAUGUGACCGAGGCCGGCCUGAGCUUCAAUCCCCUGGGCAAGGAGGACCCCGCCAGCUGGGAUACCAUGUCCUCCAACAUGUACGGCAGCUUCGAGGACUACCUGGCCUCCUACCAGGACGGCGACCUGCGCGAGCUGCCGCCCGCCGACUCACUCAGCCUGGAGGCGGUGGUCAACAAGUUCAUCCAGGUCAAGAAGCUCAGUUCGCAGCAGCAGCUGGCUCUCAAACAGGCCCUCUCCACCGAAGUUGUGCUAGACUACGCGGGCGACCUGCCGGACCUCUCCGCCACCCACUUCAACGAGGACCUGGACUGGGGCGGCCCCGACGCGCUGCCGGGCAGGGGUUACGGAGCCCUCGCCAACUACCUGCUAACCGCCACACCCGGCCUCAACCCCAGCUCAGACGUCAAGUUGGGGCAUGCGGUGACGAGUAUUGAUUACAGCGGUGUGAAUGCGAGCAGCAGCAGCAGCCCUCCGGUGGUGGUGAAUGGCACGGUGCUGAGCGCGACGGGGGGGUUCACGGGGGGUGUGCCGUUCUCAUUCAAGGCCAAGUAUGUCAUCGUGACGAUGCCGCUGGGGUACUUGCAGGCCCAGUUGAAGCCCACUCCGCCCCCCACGGGUGCGCUCUUCAAGCCGCCCCUGCCCGCCGCCCAGACCGCCGCCAUCAACGCACUGGGAAUGGGGCUGCUGAACAAGGUCAUCCUGGUGUGGAACGACAACAGCUGGUGGAGGAGCCUCAUCACCACCCCCUGGCUCACCAUGCGCAACGAAACACUGCUGGGGGCCUUCUCAGAGUACUACAACCUGGCAGCCACACCGGCCAAACUCCCCGUCAUUAUCUGCUUCAACGGCGCCUCCUUUGCACGCUCCAUCGAGCCCCUCAGCGACUCCGAAACCGUCAAACGCGCCCUCGCGCCCCUCCAACGCCUGCUUCCCGCCGGCAAGACCAUCCCCACUCCCGUACAAACCCUAGUCACUCGCUGGCAAAGUGACCCCUGGACUCUGGGGGCGUACUCGUACGGCAAGGUGGGCAUGACGGCGAGCACGCGGGGAAAGGCGUUUGCGGC